UCAGGUAGACACAUAUGGAAUAAUUUGGUACAGAUACGACGUAAAGACUUCUGCAGCUUCUACAAGCAAAGACUGUUCAUUUUUUAAAUCAUAAAUAUUUAUAAACUGAAUGCGAGGUGGUAUUACAAAGCUAAGUAGAGGGGUGACAUAUUGACAGUUUUAUGUAGUAACUAAGCGUUUAUCAUAUUUGCAAAACCAGUUGUAAUGUGAUAAGGGCAAUGAACUUUUGACCACCGAGAUAUCAAAGAAAGCUUUUGGUCUCUUGCGGCCGGCGCACAAGCGAUCAUCGAACUAUUAGAUUAGUGCCUGCGGCGUCUAUGGUUGCUUUUUAUUUGCCACCGAAUGAGAUCUGUAAGUAGCAUUUGGCAAACUAAACGAAAAAACUAAUACAAUGGAUUGCUCAUUAGACAAACGGAAUUCGCCAAGUCAGCAACUAUGGUAAGCUACAACGCAAUUAUCGUUAAGGGUAAUCAGUAUAGUUGUGAAUGCAAAUUUAAGGAGAGCAAAUAAAAAGUGUAUGAGCUAUUGUGCUGACGGGAGCAAGGAGUUGACGUGUCCAAAGUGAAAAGGAUUCAGACCGCAAAAAUUGAUAACAGAACUUAUAAAACAAAUUUGGUAAUAAAACAAAAAGUUAUAAUGGCGCAAUUGGUUCCUGAUGUUGUUAUUUGCGGACUAGUGAUCACGGCAGCUCUAUUGGUACACUUCUUUUCGGAUAUAUUGCGAAUUUCCUUUGGCGGCUAUUAUACACAUGCCACACUCUCACAGCUUGUGGAAUCCCAAUCCACCAAAGAAUAUUCUUGGUUGUUGAAACUUUUAGCCAAUUGUUUUGGUUAUAGUUGUGUCUUUGUACCUGGCUAUCUUAUUUACAAAUAUGUUAAACGCACAAAUUAUCUGGAAAAGAAUGACAAAACAUGCAUUUAUACUGCGGUCAGUAUGUGCAUUACUGGCAGUCCCGGCACUGAACUUGACUAUUCUGAGCCGUUGGAACGCAAACCCAUGGAACCGUUGACACCGCCUAAUGGCUUGCAGAAACACACAAAAUCCCAAGAAACAUUACUACUUUUCUGGUGCUUUGGUGGACUAAUGGUUUCAUACCUCACUUGGGGUGUACUACAGGAGAAAAUUAUGACGCAGCAAUAUUUCAAUUACAAUGGUCAACCGUCGCAUUUUAAGGACUCACAAUUCCUUGUCUUCUGUAAUCGUCUUUCAGCUUUUAUCUGUGCAAUAGUGACGCUACGCCUCAAACGUCCAGCCGGCCGUCAUUGUACACCAUUAUACAUGUACUCCUUUGCAUCUUUCUCGAAUAUAAUGAGUGCAUGGUUCCAGUAUGAAGCACUCAAAUUUGUCAGCUUCCCUACGCAGGUGCUAGCAAAGGCAUGCAAAAUUAUACCUGUCAUGUUGAUGGGUAAAAUUAUAUCGAAAAACAAAUAUGAUUGGUAUGAGUAUGUAUCCGCUGUACUAAUAUCAUUAGGCAUGAUAUUCUUUAUGACCGGUUCAGCGAACAGCACCAAUGCUAGUAGUGUGACAACAUUCACUGGCAUCUUUUUGCUUGCAAUGUACUUAACGUGCGACAGCUUUACAGCGAAUUGGCAAGAUGAUUUAUUUAAGAACUAUGAAAUGUCGUCAUUGCAAAUGAUGGCUGGUGUCAAUCUGUUUUCCACCAUCUUUACAGCAACCUCAUUGUGGGUACAAGGCGGUUUUAUAGAUUCGCUUACAUUUGCGAGCGAGCAUCCUAAAUUCAUACUUGAUGCCAUUACCAUUUCCAUGUGUUCCGCUGUGGGUCAAUUAUUCAUUUUCUAUACAAUAUCGGUGUUUGGUGCAGUUGUAUUUACCAUCAUCAUGACUUUACGACAGGCGUUUGCAAUAUUGCUUUCCUGUUUGAUUUACAAACACAAAAUAUCGGUGCUCGGUAUUUUCGGCAUACUGGUUGUAUUCUUUGCAGUCUUCAUGCGUUCCUAUGGCAAGCAGCGCAUGAAAGUGCUACGCAAACGAGCCGAGGCGCACAAACCGAAAAUGGCUGCGUAGUUGACACAACUGGAGGAUGGAAAAAACGAAAGCAGUACUGGUAGUGGUAAUGUUACUUAAAAAAAAAGCUUGUAGAGGCAAAGAAUUGAAUAUGAAUUUAGGCAUGUGAAUCAAAAUUAAUGGCGUGCUUACUAAAGCAUAGUAUUUAGCUCUCAAGAAAAAUCAAAAAUUUAAGAAAUCAAAAAGGAUCUGUCUUCUAUCGAAAUUUCUUAAAUCAUUUUGCGUUUGAUGACAUGCUGAUCAAGAAAGCAACAAGGUUGCAGUAUUGCAAUAAUUAUUACGUACUAUCAUUAACUUCAUAACUAAAAAACCGAAAACUCUAGAAAAACUGCUUUAAAGUUUAGAAUUUACAAAGUUGUUACCUUAAUAUACAUAUAUGUACAUAUAAGGUAACGAUAUACUUCUAUAGUAAAAAUUAAUAUGUACAUAUUUUGUUCUAUGUAGUGAGCUACUGGUAAUCGUUAUAGCUCUGAAAUUUUUACACUGCAUAGAAGAGCAGGUAGCGGUCAUUUCUACAUACUUAACUCGAUUUUGUUUUAUUUCGAAUUAUUACACUAUUGAAGUAAAUGAGCGAUACUUAUCUUAUUACAUUAAACGAGCAAUUCUUGUAUAUACAUAUAUAUCCAUAGUGUUCUUGGAAACGGCUCUAACAAUUUUGAUGAAAUUUUGUACACAGAUAAUUUUUUGGAAUUUAAGGUUAUCUGAAUAGGCAUUAUCUCCGAG